AUGCGCAGGAUCAAGAUCUCCACCGAGGCACCCCUUCCGUCUCUCAAAGCAUGGUACCCGAUCAAGGACACUAUCGAGACGGUCUACCAGCUAAAGUAUAGCUUAGUCCAUGAUCUUGCUAUUAUGGUCGAAGGCGGCUACAAGCGUAGCGAUAUCGUACUCCAGAUCGACGGGUUUGACCUCUUGGAUGGCAGUUCGAUCACCAUCCUAAAUUCAGAGACAGACGUCUUGAGUAUCAAGUUGAAUCCUCCAUCCACCUCGAUAGGCAAGAAAAGAAGGCUAUCGGAUACGGCCACUAAACCGAACAAGAAGCUCAAGUCUGAGAAAAUUUCUGCCAAAGUAGGCAGCUCUAAAGACGGAAGAAUACCGCAAUCGACCACUGGGACACCCCUUUUGAUUGGACGAAAAGGCGAAGCGACGAUCAUUCCUGGCCGUAUCAACAAACCAGCGGCACACUUCGCUUCUACCUCAACCUCGAAUGACCGCUCGAGUUCAUCUCCGUCGUCGAGCUCGAGCUCAUCUUCGAGUUCGACUUCAUCCGGAUCGGCCGGUACCUCGAGCUCAUCCGCUGAGUCUAGCAUGGACUCAGAGCCCAGUCAGCCGGGCCAGAGGUCAGGCGCAACAACUACCGUUACGACCGCUACGCCGUCUCAAAUUGGUCUUUCGACAAGGUCGUUUUCGACGCCUGGGGUGGCGAUUGCGCAUAAGAAAGCAACCACUGUUGAGUGCUCAAGUCAGGCAAGAAAGCCGAUUGGCACAUCAUCGAAUGCAGAGCAAGCUCCCGUUGGGGCGGGGUUGAGCCAUCACGUUAUUUUGAAUCAAACGGGAACGCCGCCAGGCAAUGGCAAGAAAUCUACGCGAGAGCGCAAUCUCAGACGGCGUGCGAGUCGUAAGGCGCAGAAAGGUACUCCUGCUGCUCUCGAUGGCAAUCAGCCUUCGACGGCCAAUACCGAAGCUACCCAUCUGGCGCUGAGAGAACAGAUAUCCAGCGCCGCGUCGAGCGUGCCAGUCCCCAAAGCGAUGGCAAAUAAGAACAAAAAGAAAGGGUUUCUACAAAGCAUGGAGGGAGCUGUCGGCACGAGGACUGUGUAUUCGGAUCCCCUAGAGAAUCGAAUGGCUCAACAACAAAGUGAGAUCGAUACUCCAGAGAAGCAAGCGGUUUUCCGCGCCUUGUCGUCUCCCGCUCAGCAAUCUCCGACGGUCCAGUCUGCCGAUCACAACCGAGCGUCCGCAAUUGGCAGCACUUCGAUGCGAUUGCCACCGUUGCCACCGAGCCGUAUGAGCCAUCUCCCUUCGAACGUGAUCGUCACACGUAGAUGGUUUCAGGUGCCGAGUAGGCAAGAAGCUAUGAAGGAGCUUAGAAAGGAGGCGCAGCAGUCAGGCGUCUCUAGACCGGAGACGAAAGAGGGUACGGUCACUCUCGUAGCGCCAAGAGAUCUUUCGCUGCGAUCUGUUUGGGACGAGACGGCCGACAACUUUGACGAUUUUGCGCCGAUCACUACCGAGAUUGCCGCAAAGAUGCAGAAGGAUGAUCUUGUGACAUGGAAAACUCUCCUAUUGAAUGAAGAAACAUGGCGGCCGGAAUUGCAAGUACAGUUCGGCCGCGUCCUCGUGAUUGACGAUACCGGUGUCACCUUGAAAACACUGGCACGACCCAGAGAGCCGGUUCAGGACGCAGAUGAAGAGGAGCAAGAUGCAGAUGAAACAGACGUCGAAGAAGCGGAAACCGAGCAGACUUUGACGAUACAGACAUUAUGUCAAGGCGACUAUAGAUCGCUGUGUAUAUCAUGUUAA